CGGUCUUCCUUUCUUGGCGCGGACCGGGUUGUAGAACACGCAGAUUUUCACGUAAAAUUAAUUAAAAUAUACCGGGUUACAAAUACAAUUUUCGGUCAGGAUGGAUGUAAACAAGCUUGUGGAGGUUCUAAGGGCGACGUUAGAUCCCAAUCAAAGAGAGGAGGCUGAAAAACAAUUGGAAAUAGUGCACAAAAUAAUUGGAUUUGCACCCAUUCUUCUGCAAGUUGUGAUGGAAGAAUCAAUUGAUAUGCCAGUCCGACAAGCAGGUGUAAUUUACCUCAAGAACAUGUGCACACAAUUCUGGAAUGAGAGGGAAGCCGAGAAUCCUGGAGAUCCUGUGCCAUUUAGUAUACACGAGCAAGACAGAUUGACAAUUAGAAACAACAUUAUAGAAGCUGUGAUACAUGCUCCAGAUCCUAUCAGAGUACAGCUAUGUGUUUGUCUAAGCACAAUAAUCAAAUACGAUUAUCCUGGUCGGUGGCCAAAUUUCCCGGAGAAGGUCGCCUUCUAUAUACAGUCAGAAAAUCAUGCUACGUGGAUGGGAGCCUUCAUGUGUUUGUACCAAAUGGUGAAAGUCUAUGAGUACAAGAGAAGUGAAGAAAGGAAGAUUUUAGACACAGCAAUGGCCCACAUGUUACCCCUGUGUUAUCAAAGAUGUGCCCAGCUCUUGCCAGAUCCCUCCGAGGCCUCAAAUCUGCUACAAAAACAAGUUCUUAAAAUAUACUACGCUUUUAUACAGAACUAUUUACCAUUGGAAACUUUAACAAAAGAAGUAUUUACACAAUGGAUGGAGUUGAUACGACAAAUUGUGGACAGACCUGUGCCAGAGGAUACAAAUCAAGUGGAUGAGGAUGAUAGGCCAGAACUUGCUUGGUGGAAGGUGAAAAAGUGGGCAGUACAUAUCCUCUCCAGAACUUUCGAAAGGUAUGGAAGUCCAGGAAACGUAACAAAAGAAUACAACCAGUUUGCCGAGUGGUAUUUGAAAGCAUUUUCAGGUGGUAUCAUACAAGUGUUGUUUAAGAUACUGGAACAGUACAGACAGAAAGCAUAUGUAGCUCCACGUGUCCUUCAACAAGCUCUAAACUUCCUCAAUCAAGG